AAUAAAACGUGCAUUUCUGGAGAAAGGUGUGCAGUCCCUGGACAGAUUGCACUUUUGCCUUUGUAAAUCUACGCCAGUUCUUUCACAACUCGCAAAACACAAAACACACUUUAAAGCGGUGCAACAGCUGACUAGAAACAGAAUGCAUUGCAGGGAGAUCUGAAAUGUGAUGCUGUGUGAGAUGGCUGCUGCAUGCCAUGCUGCAUGGACUAAUGUAGUUGUCUAUAAACUGCAUUGCCAGUGCAUCGCACCCCUGAGACUAUUUUCACUAUUGUAGAACUACUGUAGUGUACUAAUAAGCAAAGAAAAUUAAUAGUGGAGGAGGAGCAAACUGAUAACUGCAAUCAUCAUUUGGACUGCCUAAUUGAAAAGCUGGAGGGAGAGUUAAUUGUUUCAGACUAUGCGGGAUAUUGAGCGACCUCUGUUGGAAAAGGUUAGUAACACAUGAAAUCACAUUACAAUUAAGAGAAGUUGCACAAAACUGAGAGAAAAUACGCAAAAUAAAAUACCAACAUGAUGAUGAGGCUCACUUAUAUAUGACAGGAUAACGAAUUGACAAAUCAAAUAAUCAAAUAAGAUUAAAUAACUAUUGCGCAUCAUACAUAACUGGUAUUAAAUUCAUUAUAUCGACUGUGAAGAGAAAAAGUUACAGAGAUAUCGACCCUGUCCAGAAACAGCAGGAAGUCAGGAGGUUGAAGUUUGCUGUUCACAUUUGUCAUGUGCUGAAAAAAGUGGCGCAGCCCAUCAGCUCAGCGAGAGCAACCCAGAUCGCUCAAACUUUUCAGUGCGCGCACGCCUUCAUGUGUCCAGACUUGUAAAUUGGAAUAACUUCGUCCGAGCUCGUUAUUCCGCGUACAAAAGUUGCCCAGGCAAACUAUGUGCGCUGAUUGCCCGAGUGCUGGUGUGGAGAAGGACCCAGAGAGCCAAGUUUUAACCCCAGGCGGGAUGGAGUCGCAAACAAAGCCACAUCGCGGUGAAGGUGUUUGUCAGAGAGGAUGCGGUCUCCUGCUGUCCGGUCUGGACGUAAGUAAAGGGGAGCACUGCUGUGUGGAGGCGCUCCGCACUGUCGCCGAUGCUUUGGAGGAGAGAAGCGUAACUUUGGAACACGAAACCCGGAUAGCGAGGCUCAGGUGGAACAGGAGGGAGCAGUGCCUUUUAGCCCAGGUGUCAACUCUGCAGAACCAGGCUCAACUCGACGCACUCAAGUACCAAAGGAGGCUUAACCAGUACUUGGUGCACAUCCGCAGUAUUGCAGAACAGUUAGCUGGUUACUGCAAGAGUGACUCCAGCCUAGCUGCUGACAUGGAGAGCAAGGUAUCAGAUAAUGAGGAAAUGGCACAGGGUCAAACCAAAGCACACCAGGUGAAUGGAAAAGAGUUGUCCAAGUCCAGCCAUGAAGAAACUGUGGAAGCCUUUCGCCCUGCCAAGGACCCCGUCGUGGUGCAGGUCAUCCGGCGGACCCCCAGCGGGCGCCCCCAUGGCCCCCCUCAGGAAAUCCAUGUGGUGGAUGUGUGCACUCAGACUGACAUCACCUUUGAACACAUCAUGGCGCUGGCAAAACUCCGGCCUUCAACCCCUCCUGUGCCUGACGUCUGUCCCUUCCUGCUUUCUGACAGCUGUCAUUCCCUUCAUACAAUGAACCAGGAUUACUACGAAGGGACUGACUACCUCUCCCCUGUACCCGCUGAUGGAGACAGGACAGAGGAGUUUGAGUAUGAGGAAGUAGAACUGUGUCGACUCAACAGCCAAGAGAAGCUGGGCCUAACUCUGUGCUACAGGACAGAUGAAGAAGAAGAUGUGGCCAUCUAUGUUAGCGAGAUAAGUCCAAACAGCAUCGCUGCCAGAGAUGGACGAAUCCGGGAGGGGGAUCGCAUUUUACAGAUUAAUGGCCAGGAUGUACAGGACAGGGAGGAAGCCAUGGCUGCACUCUCCAGUGACGAGUGCAGGAACAUCAUACUGCUGGUUGCCAGACCUGAGAUGCAGCUGGAAGAAGCCUGGCUGGAUGAUGAACAUAGUGAGUUCCUGGAGCAACUGAAGAUGGAAAUGUUGGAGGAGCAGCAAAGAGAGGAAAUGGAAUUAGCUGCCUUACAAGAGGAACAGGAGAAUGAACAGAGAACAGAGGAUGAUAAGCCCACUUGUUCCACACUCCCUCAUCAUAAGGACAAUGUACUGAGCAUAAAGGACAGGAUGGGGAACUCGCAGCAUAAUGUCAUGGCACAUAUCCAGAAACGUCUGUCCCAGUGCCUGAAAGACAGUCGGGACACGCACUCUACCACCAGCUCCAUGCGGCUAGACGACAAAACGGAUGAGGAUGAGGAUGAAGCAGAAGGUGAUCGCUUCCAGCAGCUCUUGGAACUGAAAUGUCAAAUACGCAACAGCGGCGAGUACGACCUGUUCUACAGCCGCCGGAGCACUAUUGAGUGCAGCAUGGGGGAGCAGGCGGGGGUACAGCACGAGCUGCGUAUGCUCAAUGAGGAACUGCGCAGCAUCGAGCUUGAAUGUCAGAACAUCAUGCAGGCCCACAAACUUCGUAAGGGUCAGCAGUCUCCCUCAGUGGGCCAUUCUACACCCUCCACCAAAAUCCAAAGCUUUCACCGCGGUGAGCCCUCAAAGGGUAAGCUGGCCGACAUUAACGAGAGGCUAGAGAAAUCGGACAAGGACAGCUCCAGUGCCUACAACACAGCAGAGAGUUCACGCAGCACCCCUCUGGCAAUGGACCGCUCCCCGGAGCACUCACUCCAGAGAAUGGUUAGUCUUACAAACCAGAGGAACCUCUGCAGCGGCCUCGCUGCUGGUCAUUCUCUUAGCCUGAGCCCCAUCCCAGCGUGCCGCGCUCCAGUCCUGGGUAAGAGCAGCAGCCCUGACCACAGCAAUCCUUCUGAGUCAGACCAAACACCUCAGGCUGAGGAAGAGAGCAGAGGGAAACUAAACCAAAGCGCUUCCCGAAAUCCAUACUUCUCACCUUCUCACAGUUCCCAGCAGAGGCAGACCAACAUCCCAGCUCACGCCCGCCACUACCAGAGCUACAUGCAGCUGAUACAACAGCGCUCAGCUGUAGAGUACGCUCAGAGCCAGCUCAGUCUACUUAGCGUCUGUAAAGAGCCUCAGAGGCCCAUUACAGAGCCCAAGAUGGAGUGGAAGGUCAAGAUCCGUAGUGACGGUACCCGCUACAUCACCAAGAGGCCUGUGAGAGACAAGAUCCUGAAGGAGCGAGCCCUAAAGAUUAAAGAGGAACGCAGCGGGGGAAUGACGACAGAUGACGACGCAAUGAGUGAAAUGAAGAUGGGGAGGUACUGGAGUAAAGAGGAAAGAAAGCAGCACCUCGUCAGAGCGAAAGAACAGCGGAAGAGGCGAGAGUUCAUGCAGCGCAGUCGGCUGGAGAGCUUGAGGGAGAACCCUCAGAGCAGCAGUGAGGGUCGAAAGGAAGUCAGCAUCAUAGAGCUCAGCCACAAGAAGAUGAUGAAGAAACGCAACAAGAAGAUCUUGGAUAACUGGAUGACAAUCCAGGAGCUGAUGACUCAUGGUACCAAGGCCCCAGAGGGAGCUAAGGUACACAAUGCCUUCCUUUCAGUCACUACUGUAUAAAAAAACAAAAGAAACACACACAUUCUACCCCAUGUGGUACGACAUACUUGCCUCGUUAAAUGUGGCAUUUUUACAUGGACAAUAGGAAUAUUUUUCACACUUUGUAACCCAAAAAAAGCAUUUUGUAAAGAAUUUAU